AUGAGUUUAUCUCGGCUCUAUCAAAGUCUUGAUAUCACAGAGCAGGUGACUGCAAUGUUUGAUGAACUCGAUGCAAUGUUAUCCCUAAUUGCUCUAAAUCAUUCCUCAACAGAACCAGCGCCGAAGUGGUUUGCAUCAUCUUCAACGUCUGUUUCGGAUGCGUCGCUCGGUUGUCCACUUUUUGUAGCAAUGCUGAAAUGUGAUGCGCCAUGGGAGGGUAUUACAUUGCUGGAAUUGCGUCACAUCAUUUUUGCGCAUCAAAUUUUGGUAGCUUUGCGCAUUUUCGAGGAACGCUUGCAACGACUUUCGACGGGCGCCAGUGAUAGCAGCGCUUUGCAAAACUUGAAAACUGAAUAUUCGGUAAUGUUGUUGCGCUACGCAUCGCACUGUUUGAAUGCGGUAUUCGAAGGCAUGGGUGCUUUCAAGAUGUCGCUGAACAGUGAUGAGCUGCAGUGUUGGACAAUUGCAUUUUGUUUAGAAGCAUUACAGCUUACGUCGUUGCUGACCGAAAUAACGCACGUUGAGCAGGCUGCCCAUUUUAUCUGUUCAUUGAAGCUGGCCACUUGCAAGGCUGUAAGUUGA